CCUCAUUCUCCUCACCCUCCUCCUCACCCUCCUCACUCUCCUCACCCUCCUCCUCACCCUCCUCCUCACCCUCAUUCUCCUCAUCGUUUCCUCGCCGUGGGGCCGCGAAGAUGAAGCGCGAUGGCAGACGAAGUUGACGCGAGGGAGCAAGACUUCCACAACCGCGUCAGAGAGAGCAUCAUCUGCUUCCUGCUCUUCACCACGCUCUACAUUGUCUCCUACAUCACCAUCACGAGAUACAAGAAGAAGGCGGACUUCAUAUCAGAUGAUGACGAAGAUGCCAUGGUUAACAGAAUAUCGCUGUGGCUCUGCACGUUUACGCUCGCCAUGUCGCUGGGCGCAGUGCUGCUGCUGCCCUUCUCCAUCGUCAGCAACGAGAUCCUGCUCUCCUUCCCGCAGAGCUACUACAUGCAGUGGCUCAACGGCUCGCUCAUCCACGGGCUGUGGAAUCUGAUCUUCCUCUUCUCCAACCUCUCGCUGGUCUUCCUCAUGCCCUUCGCUUACUUCUUCACGGAGUCCGAGGGGUUUGCCGGCUCACGGAAGGGCAUUGCGGCGAGGCUGUACGAGACGCUGGUGGUGCUUUUCCUGCUGUCGCUGCUUGUGGCUGGGAUGGUGUGGGUGGCCUCGGCGCUCAUCGACGACGACGCUGCCAGCAAGGAGUCGCUCUACGAUUUCUGGGAAUUUUACCUGCCGUACCUCUACUCGUGCAUCUCGCUCUUCGGCGUGCUGCUGCUCCUGUUGUGCACCCCUCUGGGCCUGUCGUGUAUGUUCAGCGUCACUGGUCAGCUCCUGGUGAAGCCGCGGUUGCUGGAGGAUCUAGACGAGCAGAUCGACUGCCAGAGGUUUGAGGAAGACACCAUCAAGAGGCGUCUAAAUGGCACCGCGUGCCAGUGGGUCAAGGUGGACCAGCAGGAGCUGGCUCAGACUCUCAGCGUCAUCACAAUGGAGCGCACAAAGCUCGAGACACGGCGGCGAGCAUCUCCUUGGCAGAGAAACCUGGGGUACCCGCUGGUCAUGCUGCUGCUGCUGACGCUGACGGGGGUCUCAGUGCUGAUCGUCUCCAUCCACAUCCUGGAGCUGCUCUUCGACGAGACGGCCAUGCCGAAAGGAGCACAGGAGCCUGGCCUGGGCAAGGCGUCGCUGUCAGCCCUUGGAUCUGUCGGAGCCGCUAUUGAGGUCGUCCUCAUCUUCUACCUGAUGCUGAGCUCAGUGUUGGGAUUCUACAGCCUGCCCACAUUCAUGCCGCUCACUCCCAAGAGCCAGGACACUCCCAUGACCAAGAUUAUUGGGAACUGCGUUUCUCUGCUCAUUCUCAGCUCUGCACUGCCCGUGCUGUCCCGCACACUGGGAAUCACCAACUUUGACCUGCUCGGAGAUUACGGUCGCUUCAAUUGGCUGGGGAACUUCUACAUAGUACUGCUCUACAACCUCUUGUUCGCCGGGCUCACGACGCUCUGCCUUGUCACCAAGUUCACGGCCGCCGUGCGCCAGGAGCUCUUCAAGGCACUGGGUCUGGACAGGCUGCCCAUCACGGCCUCAGACGGGUCGGGCCAGAGGCAUUCCACCAAUGGGCACAGCAAGCAACUGUGAACUCGGAACCGUGGUGAAUUCGGAACCACUCACAGAGCAGCUGCCCCCCCGGGCCGCCCCUAUUGUUACCUCGCCUGCCCUGUAGCGGAGCGCGAGAGGCGGUGCAGCGAGCAAAGUGCGCCGUCGCGCCGCAAGCACCCGGGAUGGGAGCGAUUUUGCCCGGCGGCACUUUUCUCCACAGACGGUUAAAAGAGCGUUGGUGACGCCGCCGCCGACUGCCUCGAUCUUCCCGAAGGUGAUGCCGCUCUGAAAACUCAGCAAGGUAACGUUCAGCAAGUGCCGUGGUUUUUAGCGGAGCGGCAGCUGCGGCAACUUCUGGGGCUGCGUCACGUGUGACACCACGUGCAUGUUGCAUGCGUGUCAUACGUGCGUGCUGCAUGCAUGUCAUGCGUGUGUGCUGCGUGCGUGUCACGUGUGCGUAUCAAGCGUACCUGUUACACGUGUGUGCGUGGCGUGCGUUGUGUCGCACGUUCUGGAGAGGGUCUUCAUCGUCUAUGUAGUUGCAGUUUUCAGACUUAAAAAAAAUCUUGACCCUUAACUUCAGAAAAGAAAUGUUUACACGUCUUUGCCUUUACGCUAGCGUGAGUCUCAGAAAUUAGUCUCGCUCAGAAAGACGAGCGUCCUUUUGUGUGAAAAAUUGUCGCCGUCCUUGGUGUGUUUUUUUUUUACGUUUCCUUUCAAGCGUUUGCACAAGAAAUGUGCACCCGUUAAACUGGAAUUGUAACGCGAUCAAACAAGUUGUUGACUUUUAUGAUCCGAGGAAUUCAGUUCGUGAAGCAACGGUGUGGACGGACGCGCACGCGCCUUUGCCCGGCGUGGAACAAACACAUUCCUGUUUCAUUGACUCUCUGUCAAGGAAUUUCAAAAUCUGGCAAAAAAAAUCCCUUGGUUGGCCUUUAGGAACCGCGAGCGCCACCCGGCUCACACGAGUCGUGGCCCAUGUACUCAUCUCUGUAAGCAGCCCUGAGCCAGUGCAAUAAAUACCACGUUCCCAUGGUGGGUAGGCUUGGGGUGUGAACGGUGGCCAGCCUUUCCACAGGAAAAAACAACCUCCCCCCCCAUUGUCCACCUCAAAGGGAUGACAAUCGGUGGACCACUCACCAGGAUUUUGACCUCAUGACCGGGCCCUGACCUUCACUUUGCGGGUGCAGAGGCCUGCCACUGCGCCGGCACGCUGGAUUUUCUUAACGCGGCGACGUCUCUACGUGAAUCCACCCACGCACUCAUUCAGUCAUGCAUUAAUUUAUUCGUUCGUAGUCUCGGCACAUGAGCGGAGUAAAGCGGUGUGUGCUCACAGCACCGGGCAGGCGCCGCGAUGCCGGUUGAGCGCACCUGAUGCCGGGCUUGCACUCCGGUUGGCUGUCCCUGCGUAUCGUAUACAGUAACCGCGUUUCCCGCAUACCGUAUACAGUACCCGCGUUUUCUGCGUGCCGUAUACAGUACCCGCGUUCCCAACGUUCCCACGUGCGCCAAAUUCAGCGCGUGCGCCGCAGCUUUUGCGGCCUUAUUCAUAUUGCUUUUUUUUCUGUGAAAUAUAUGAUAUAAAUAUAUGCAAAAAGCAAUAUUGAACAUUUAAAAGAAGAAGAACCACCACUGACACCAUCCCGGAUCGCAAGCCAAUUGAGGAAUGCACAAUUCAGCUCUCAACACCCGAUCACGGGCCGUGCCGUUUUACAAACAUUGGCGAUUUUUAUUCAACAGUUCCAACUCUCUCGCAAUUUUAUGCACGCCCCCAGCCCCCCUCCCUCCCCCAUAAAACGAAACCACACGACAUCCCGGACACGGUAUAUCCACCCACGUCAAUUGAAGGAUGCACCACUGUGAGCACAGGUUUCCCUCCUCGCUCUAUGCGGGUUCGGUUUGCAGCUCACCUAUUUCUACCCAAAAUUCGCUCUGCUAUGCGGUGUGAAUUCACUCUGCAUGCGGCAAUGCGGUUGCACCUGGAGCACCAUUUUGUGUGUGUGUGUGUACUGUACACGCUAAUCGACAGGCAGCUGUCCCCUCGUGCGGUUUUGCUUAGCGCUCCCUUAUUUGUUAAUGCAUCUACUACCGCCGCUACUGCAUAGAGUGAAGGAAACCGGCAGUUGGACACUGCGAUGGGCAUGCGGGGAGACCCCGAGGAAGCUUCCCCCCACACUGGCGAUUGUCGAGCCGGCAUUUGUGAGCGGUGUGCCUGCCGCGCAACACUGUGGUUUAGUUUGUCAGCGUUCGUGCGAACCGGCCAGUUGAAAUUGUUGUGUUUAAGUUCAGAAAUGCGUCUUGGCUGUAGCAGUCGGCGGCUCCCUGCUUGGUCCGCACCCCGCAGGUCCCCCCGUAAGCCACCCUCCCACCCCGCCCCUUUGCUCUCCCAUGCUGUCUGCUUCACUCGGCGCUUUCAAGAAGCGGUUCGUGCCGACGGAUGAUUCGCGAGCACGCAACGUGCCCCAUGCGGCAGCGGUGGUCCAUUUCGAAAAAUUAUUAAAAACGAACGAGAGAUUGCCCUUCGUAUUUGUUAAAUGAAGGGCUGUUUUAUUUAAUGUUUACCUAAACUGUGGAAUUUUAUUAUUGUAAAUCUUUGAAGCUCGGGAUUCCUCAAAUGCUCGCGAGGCUCCUUGGUGUGCCACCAGCAUCCUCCAUAGCCAGAGGUUGGUGGAGUAUUCGGUGGCUUCUGAAAAGUGUGCACGAUUUGUAGCGUGACCUCGUUUUAAAGUGCGAUGGGGAAGGAAACUCAGAAUGGGGGGCAUGACAGGGCCAGUAUUAAACAAACUUUGAACAAAUAUUCUCACUUGGCAGAGCGAGUGUGGAGGUGCUGGCCUCUACCGCGAGUGUCGCUUGCAGAAGGGAUGUCAGAGGUAGCUCCAUGAUAUCCACUUCUGUGGGCCGUUAUGCAACACGAAGGAUCACGCCGCUCCGUGAGUGAUCAAAAUAGAUUAUUCAUCUCAUGACGUGACGCCGAUAGCACAAGCAGGAUAAAAUUAGAGGAAAAUUACAAACCAAUAACAAGCUUCAAACCAUAAAAAAAUGUAUAUGGGUGGCAGGGUACCAUAGCACAAUAGUAACAUGAGUGCAUCACAGAAAGGGCCUAGGUUCAGUUCUCAACACGGGCACCUUUGUGCGUGGUGUUUGUAGGUUCUCUCCCCCUGUUCCGCUUGGCUCUCCUCCAGGUUCUCCGGUUUAUGCUGAAGAAUUAUUCGCAAAUUACUCGAGUGGGAUUGCACACACAACAGCAACAGCAUCGGCACCCCCCCCCCCCCGCCGCAGCGACAACUUGGUGGGACCCUCCUGACAAAGAGUCUUGAGACUCGGAAAGGCUUCCCUGGGUAAAUGAGCUUAAUAAACAUAAUAACAACAGGAAGAAGGUGGCUGUGCCUUUAGUAGGUGGUGGGGGGGGGGCUCAGCCCCCCCAUCCUUCAGGCCCUCCCACUGCUGGGGGUGAGCAGUGGUCCACUGGUGGUGGCAUCUUGGGCUUUAAGUGACAAUGAUGCUUGCCCUUUAAAACUGAAGCAUAUCAGUCAUGGAGGCUGCUUAACCAUACUUCGACAUGCUGACUACUGCUGUUGUUUGGGUACCUUGAUAUACAUCAAAUAAAUAUCUGAGACAAUAGAGAAAAACCACUCUGUGCAUCAGGUGACCAAAAUUAAUUUCUCACAGAACCGGGACUAAUUUGAUCGACCUGAUGGGGAUGAUUGACAAAGUUGAAAUCAACUCAAAAUCCGUUGAGGUUGUAAUUCAAAUAUUACCAGGUAAAGCCCACUGGGCUACAUAGCUGUUUAUCAGUAGCGACCUGGCCACAAUGAUAGCUCAACGAAGUGGCUUAUCACGUGGAAAUGUAUCGCACCCAAAUACUCUAAAUGUACGUCGAUUCUAACUGUGGACGGAAAAACUGGAGAACCCGAAUAAAAAUCCACGCUCCCGCGGGGAGAACAUGCAGGCGUGGUCAGGAUCUAACCCACGACCCCCUUCGUACCAGGUGAGGUAGUUAACAUCUCGCCACCGUGCGAGCCGCACAAGCUGAGCAUAAGCUAGGCAUUUUAACGUUACCCUGGUGUUGUAUUUCUAGUUGCUUUUUGUUGUUACGCGAUCUUUAUGUUCUGGUGUUCUGCCCCAUUGAUUUGCGCGUUGGGGUUCUAUCGACGGUACCGCCCGUCACCUCGAAGCGCCAGCUUUGUGGGUUUGUGCCUGGUCACAGCCGGGUAAUAACGCAGCCCCAAUCGGACCGGUUUGAGUGAAAACCUCGAAAGCAGAAGUGAGGGGGGAAGCCAUCGUUCACGUGACUUCAUUUCACAUGUGUUGGGGUCGCACCAGGCCUACCGGCUCCGCGGACGAUAUUUACCCGUCACUGCAAGCACCUUAGCGCCACCGAUCGAGUUCCAUUGGGGGAGUGUACAAUAUUUUCGCUCUAAUUCCGUGUAAGUGAGUCUCUCCCUGUGCCUCCUUCGUGCCUGCUGGUCAUUGGUUGAGAUGCAAUUGAUUCAGAGGAGUUUGUGUUGUGCCCCCGGGUAAACUUUAUAACCUGCAUUUAUCUAGAGUUUAAAGAUAGUAACCCAUGCUAGCUUCAUCUUGGUAGCCCUAAUCGGGUACUGGUGGGAAAUACUUUCGACGUGACAACACUGUGUUUACAAAUGUACGAUGCCGCUGUAACCGAUCCGUGUGUACGUGUGUGGUUGCCGCAAAAAGUUGUGUGAACAUUCUGUUUGAACCAGAGUAAGGAGAAGGUUCCCCGCCCCUGGUUUCCAAAAGCUGCCAUUCGCGAACAAGACCCGAGGAUGAGUUGCGCACCUGAUAAGGGUGUAAUGACUGCUGCGCCAGGCUUGCGGGCGGUAGCGUUUACAGCGUACAUCGGGGCGGAAUGGUGCGUUCAAGAGUUCUCUCCGCGGGGUUUCUCCGCGCGUUGUUCCGCAUGACGUCCGACGUUUCGUUCCUCGUGCUUGGCGACCAGAAGGCGCUGUGGAGUGCUACCGCGACAACCGCACUCGGUGUUUGGUUGCCGUCUGCCGAGGCGCGCGUCGUGACGUUUUCGAUGUUCGGAUAGCGGAGGCGGUGGAUGGCCUGACUUGUUCGUGAGUGUUGAGCGAGGGUCCACACCCGAGCGAUUCGGCUGUACACAACCAAAGUUGCAACUUGUUGCGAGCAGUUGCUUAACCGGUUGCGAGCAGUAAAGGCAGACUCCACUUUAGAGCAACGAUCUGCUCACGUGACAUUUGCGCACUACGAUGAGCCGUUUCUCCCGAAUGUUAAGUUGCACGGCGAUUUGGAAUCGAGAGCGAACUUGGUUGCACAACCCAUCGCCCCGGUGAGUGGAGCCAGCUUCAAGACCGUAUUUGCUCUGCCCGCUCUGUGUGUGCGCGUACACACGCACGCGCGAUGACGCGGAACCUCUGCUACCCCCCCUUCUGCCCCCUCUCCCGUCGCGGCGAAGGCCUUUAUUGUGUAAGCUCGAUCAGCAAUAACGCAUCGUCGACGCGGUCUCUUGCGUGUGGUGCAAAUGCCGCUCGUGGCUGCGCUUGUGUGGGCCGCGCCAGAAGCCUUCACGUUCCACUUUGGACACGGCCGUGGUGCGGUCCGGUGACAGCCCGUCGGCCGAAACACUGGUUCUUGACCUUCAUGUUUGUUUGUUAAGUGUGCUUGUUUAAUUUUUUCCUGCCCCCAAAAACCAAAAUGAAUAAAAAUUGGAAGAACUUUUAGUAAAUUCAACGGAACCCAUCAUUAACGUCAAUAAUAUUUACUUGUGUACCCAGCGAAGCUACGCCUAGUUGCCAAGAUUUAUUUUUCACGAAGGUCGUACCAAAUUGUUGGGAUGUGUGGCCAGCGCCAGUGACGUUGCAUGUAUUUUUAGCUAUGGGAGGAAACGUGCACGGAAGAAUCCCUUGCAGAACAGGGGAAGAUCACGCAAACCCCGCACACGACAGGCGGCGCAAGUCGCUGCCUCAUCGGUCGCGUGUGGCAAGAGUCGCCGGUAAAACCGGGAAGUGAACCCCUGCUAUGAAAGCUGGAAGCCGCCGAGUGCACUUUCCUGACUCACAGCUGGUUUCGGUGACCUAUAUCAUACUUGCGUAACAAAGUCCAAUAGAGUACCAGCCAGAAUCGAUCACCAGCGCUACUACGUCACUGGACAUUACACGGGAGUGCUCAGAGGGUUAGAUACUGCACGACCACACGAGAGCUGCCGUCACGUCCGCCAGCGCUCUCCAGGAGAGCUGGGACUAAGCUCGUCCAUUUGUCAAUCGGUGGUGGUGGUAGUGGUGACGUUCGCCGACCUGACCAGUUGAAGUGAGAGCACAAAUCGGUUCGUGACACCACUGCCGCGCUGCACAAGCACAAGAAACAAACCAACACCCCCCCCCCCCCCCCCAAAGAGGGACAAUUACGUAACGGGCGACGUUUUGGGCGAUGAGCCUUCCAUCGUAGCGUAGUAGAGACAUCGUGGCGGUGUUGGUGACGGCCGAACGUGUUGAGCUUUUGCAGGAGUGAAGGUAGAAUCGUCACCAACGAUCUCCGACAGGCACUCUGUCUGGGAUCACAAAUGGAUGCCGUCACCGCCGCACGACCCGGCGUGCCACCACAAGCCCACGCACCAUCCACACCGUCUCUCUCCGACCAUCUCACCUCGUUUAAUUUGGCUGUGAAAAUCACUGCAAGAAGUUGCCACCAGGAGUGGACCAGGGCACCGCGCGCGCAACCGGGGCAUUGGUGCCCUGUUCAGCCGUCAACACCCGGACCAUUUCUUCUGGGGCGGUUUAAGUUGGCGGUCCUUGAGACCAUUGGUAACCACCAGGGGUGACAGAUGCUAAUAACGAUUCUCUAGACGCAUUUUAGCUCCACACCGCAACUCUGCGCGAUAGCAAGGUCACUUUCGUAGCUCUCGGUGAGGAAAUUGUUGCUAAAAGAACGUACCGUGGUUUUCUUUUAUCGAAAGAAUAUCGGUUUGGGGAACACACCCAAUGAGACGUGAAAUGAGACCAGACUGUGGAAUAAAUAGGAACUGUGCCCUGUGCCUGGUGCACACUGCCCAUGUUGAAUAUUGCCCAUGGUAGACAUUGGUAGCGAUUGCCACCCCGGGUGGUGCCGACCAAUCCCCUCGACCAUUAUGAGGUGCAAAGUUGGCCCGACUCCAGAACCGGCAUCGAACGUUGGACAUCGAUUCCCAUUGGCCAAGCACCACCUUGCCUUGGUAACCGCGUGCUUGGCAGGGCUGUCGAACACGAUGGAUUGUUGUUGUUUGGUUGUUGUUGUUGGUUGUCCUUUCCCCAUGCGAAUUUAUCACAAACAAUUAAAAAUAACCGUGGAUUAUGAUUUUUGUUCAGGUGUGCUGUCCGUUUGCGAUCGUUUUCCGUGUUAACCCUUUGCGUUGCCGUUCCUGCCACGUGUUACUGUGAAAGCAUGGCUCUUAUUUUUGUAAACACUGUGACCUUGCUUUGUGUGCUCUUGUUGUCGUGUUAAUACUGUUGGUGCAUCUGUUGUUAUUACAGUUUUAUGAUUCAUUUUA